CAUUUUUAAACGCAACAUUCGGUCAUACUGUAGACAUACAUUAGUUUUUUGUUUAUGUUGGGAAAUCGUCGGAAAAUUCGGCUGUUUUCUAUGUGCGCUACCAUGAAAAGCUGCUAAAAAGCUAAAUAUAAAAAUCAGCGCAGCGCGCGGCCGUCUGUCGGCGCAUUGUUUUGUAAGUGCAGUCAGCAGGCAGCAGCAGCAGUCGUCUAUUGGGAAAAAAUUAUGUGAAGCAGAAGAAACGCAGUUUCAGUUUUUGUGUGUGUAUGUGUAUGUACAUUGUUUUUGUAUGUGUAUUGUGCAAUGAGAAACUGGAAAACCAUUAUUAUUAAUGAAAACGCGUGAAAUGUACAACAACUACAACUACCAACUCCUCCCACUUGUAAGUGUGUGUGUGGUUGUGCGGGGUGCGCAUUGAAGAAGGGUGUUUGCGUAUGUAUGUGUGCGUAUGCGUGUGCCUGUUUGUGCGUGCACGAUAAAGACUUGUGUAUUUGAGGACAAUACACGUACAUAUGUAUGUAUGUAGAUAAAUGUCAAAGACGUCGACGCGUAAUAUGCACACACAUUAAUAACGCCAAAGGUCAAAAGUUAAGUUGGAAACAGGACCAAGGCGCCGAUAUGCUAUAAGAAGACAGCCAACGGCAGAGCGAGCAAGCGAACGAGAGCGAGCGAGACAGAGAGCGAAUGUUGGUGGUGUGAGUGUGAGUGCACUCAAUAGGAAACAAAGAGAAGAGCACGAAAAGCAACCGCGACCGGGUGAAAAACCGACGGCUGAAGAGCGGGACGACAAAACAAAAGACUGCUAAAAGCUAAACAACAAAACGAAGCAACAACACCAAUAACAAUAAAUAAAAACAACAACACCAAUACUCAAGAUAUAAAGCGAAAAUGUCGGCGGCGGAGCUUGAAGCUGAAAGUUCCGCACAGGAGCAGCAUCCACAACAACAACAGCCAGAACAACAACAAAGCGAACACAACACAAGCAACAACAGCACUGCCAAUGAUGCUGAAGCAACCACAUACGAUGUUCAUGAUGUUCAUGAGACCAACAACUAUAACAACAAUAACAACAACAAUGCCGAGCAACAGCUGCGGCUUAAUAAUAUGCAACAGCAUGCACAGCAGCAGCAACAACAACAGCAAUUAGAUCAACAGGGUGACUUGGGUGUGGGAUUGUCACUGAUGCAAUCAUCACCACCGCCACACAGUUAUCGACACUCACGCGCUUAUCGGCAUUUUAAGAAUCCGCCACAGCCGCACAUGUGUAUUCGGACGACGACAGAGACGGGUGAGGAGCUGUUCAUUAAUGUGUUGAGCUGGACACGCAUUGUAAUACCCCAGGAGCCCAGUGAUCCAAUACCGUUGUAUGGCGGCAUGCGGGUGCCUCCUGGAAGUCCACGCAGUCCGCCAAUUGUAUUCGCUGUCAUGGCUAAUCCGGAGGUGCUCAAGGACUCGGGACGCCACAGCAAGGAUCCAGAGGAACGGCGUGCCAUGGUUGAGCUCAUGUGCGAUUUUGUGGAGGCUAUGAAUCCCGGUGUGAAACUAGUCAGAAACGCCGUCAUACUCAAGGAUCGCGACAUCUCCGGUGAGCUGAAGGAUGUCUGGAAUGCGGUGCAGGCGCAGCGUGAUCGUGAGCGCGAGGAGCAAAUGCUGCAGCAACGCCAGCAGCAGCACUAUCAAAAUAUCACCACACAACAAAUGUUUCCCAAGUCGCCCGAUGCGGCGCGUGCAGGGAGUUCUACUCAAUCAUCGUCUGGUGCUGAGAUCGGUUUACCGCCCGCUUACAAUGCGGAUCUGAUUCCAGUUGAACAACAAGGUAACAAUGGCAUUACACUGGCCGUCUUUGCUCAACAGCUGGACAACAAGGUGGCCAGCGAGCAGUUGGAGGAGCAACAAGAGCAAACGACGACUGUCAACGAAGCGCAGCCAGCUGGUGAAGGUUGUGCUGACCAAACAGAUGCUGGUGGUGGUGUUAAUGGCACAAAUGGCACAACGCCAACAACCGGUGAUAACGGAGAAGCUGCAGAGCAAGAGCCAGAAGGCAAAACGGCCAGCACCGCCAGCAAUGGAGGAAGUACAACCACAAAUUCAUCCACGCCAGCAGCUGCUGUUCAGUCCCCAGCCACGCCUCCAACAACAGCGACGCCCAUACCGACGCCGACGCCAAUAGCAGCGCCGGCCAAAAAGGAAAAGCUUGGCGGCUUCUUGCCAAACGGUUGCAUUUUCCCGCGUUUCAAGAACAACAAGCACAAGGACAAGGACGGGAGCAAUCACAAGGAGAGCAAAAGCAAAGAGAAGACGUUGCUCAAUGCGCUGAAGAAGAGCAAGGAGAAAAAGGUGGCGCCCAGCGAGCAAACGGCCAGUGAGAAAGCAACAGCGAUCAACAAUAGCAGCAGUGGCAACAGCGACAAUGGCAAUAAUGGAGGCGCAACCACACAGUACGAGAAGAACUGCAUCAAUAAUCUCGAGUGUGAGGUGCAGAAGCUUGAUUUGAAUAGCAGCAACAACGACAACAACAUGUUCAUCAAGCUGAAAGUGGCGCCCAGUGCAACGGCCGCGGCAACUGCGACGGCGGCCAAGUAGAAGAUAAGUAUGUGUAGAGUAGAGUAGUUCCGAUCACAAGUUUGGUAAGUAAGCGAACCGAUAACGAUACCGAUAGGCGCGAAGCAUAGAGACGAGAAGUAAAAAAAACUACCCAAAACUAGCACUUCACUAGCACCUAGGCGUAUUUAGAGGAGACUCGUAUACAAGAUUUACAUAUAUAUAUAUACAAGAAUACGUUUAUAUACAGUAUACAUAGGAGUACAUAUAUGUAUGUAUACUAUAUGUACCAUAUACACAGUUGUAUCAGUCAAUUUUUGAAGCAAAACAAAAUAUAUAUACUAUAUAUCGACAGACUCUCAAAUCGAACAAGUAAAAGUUGUGCCAUUCUCCAAAAAUAUACCGACCCAACAAAAUACAAGUUUGUGCAAGCAAACCAAUUUAUAUGUCGUCUGGUUAUAUCCAUAGUUUCUCCAGGAAUUCUUCCCCCGGCAUACGUACGUAAAAUGACAAAAAAAGAACAAAAAACAAAGUAUUUAUAUAGUUCAAUAUUCGUAUGUUUCGCAUACAGUUUGCCUUAUAUACAAACCGAGAGAGACAAAAGCAAAAAUACAAAUUAAAUAACGAUAACGAUAAAAAAAACAAAUGAGAAAAUACAACACCUUAAAUUAGGUCAUCUAAUCCAUGGCAAUCGAAACGUAACUCAUGCGCCAAAUUAUCAUCAGAAUAGAACAGAACUCAGCACUGGACACUGCACCUACUAUUGCAUCUACUAAUAAAUAAUAUGCCUAUGCCUAUGCCAAUGCAUACAUAGAACUUAACUCUAGAGUCUAGACUACAAACACACACACACUGUCACACUCACACACACACAUCUCUGACAUGUAACAAAAUUCCCUUUGAUCAAAAAAGUAUUAUGCAUUUUUCAUCCUACCUUCUACACCCUCCUUUAAUCGUAUGAUCUCCAAUCGCUUUUGAAGUUGAACUUGGCACAGACUCGUCACACACAACGUAGGCUCUAUAAAGUACCUUGUAUACCUUGGUAUAACUAUAUAUAUUAUACCGAUGGGUAUAUCUUAUAAGACGCUAUUUUGUUUUUAUUUCAAAUAUAUUUUAACGUUUCCCUAUUCGCAUCAAUUUCACAAAAUAUUCGAAAUUGAUUCUAGUAUGGAAUCUAAACUCUUGAAACUUGAAAUCCCUUAGAUACUAUAUUUGUUACGAUUACACAUUUGUUUAUUAUUUAAACGUCAGCGAGCUUUCAACUUCAAAGCGCAAAAAACCAUUUACGAAUAUUUACAAUUCACAUUCAAUCACACUCACUCACAUCCACACUCGAAUAACAUUCAGGCUUAGACGUAAUAGAACUAAAAAACUCUCAAUAUUGGACUGAUUGAAGCUGCCAUAUAUAGAUAACAUACAUAUAGACGGAUAACGCAUAUGUGUGCAUUUAUGAUGUUUGCUUUUCAUUUAACAUAACGAAAUUCAAUUGUGAUUCAUUUGAAAAUCAAAUAUUUUGUGUUUACAACAUCGAAAACUAUUUUCAACUUUUAUUUUGUUUGCAAUUGCAUUUUUAAAUGUACACACACAACAAAAGUAUACAAAAACGAAAUUAUAAAUUUUAUUAUUUAACAAGUAAUUAAAGUAAAAUUCCCUGCGAAAUAAAUCCAGCUGAAACUUUGGCAAUGCCGAAGUUGAAAUACUCUUGCAGACUAAAAAAUUUGAUGAAAUUCCAAGUUUAAAUAAUAUAUAAAAUUCAGAGAGAUUCAUUUAACGUUUUAUAAUAAAAAUUGUAAGAUAAUCAUUAUAUCAUAAUUUGUAUUUUUAUCGGAAAAAAUAAAAUUUAUGUUUUUUGACGAUAUAUCUUAUGAUAUAAUGAUUAACGUUCCGAAAAUAAAACUCAUAAAAUAAUCAUUAUUUUGCAAUCAGAAAUAAAAUUCAUAAAAUAAUAAUUAUUUCAUGAUUUGAAUUUUUUUAAUCAAGGUGAAAUAUUGGUUUUAUCCUUGGAAAAAAAAUGAUUCUAAUUUUUUUAUGAAAACUAUAAAUUAAUGAUUGAUAUAUUAUGAAAAAUAUAAUUAUUCGCAGUCCCUGCUAAAAUGUGCGAUGAAAUAUAUUGCUGCAAGAGUAUUUAGCAUUUGUUAUGUUGAGUUUUAUGUAGCGCCUAGAAGCAUGCAAUACAAAAUUUCACAUACUCAUUUAAGCUGGCCUUCGCCCUUAUCUUCCCCCCUUCGACCGCUCCACGCUCCUUAGUGCCAUACAAAUGGGCACAUACAACAAAAACACAAACAAAAAAAAAAAGGAAAAACAACAACACAUGCUACAAUUUUAAAUCAAAAAUAUAAUUAUGUAUUCGUUUAGUGCGGAUUAAAUUACGAUUAAAGUUACAAUUAUGAUUAAAAAGUUUUAUGUGAGUUGAAACUGAAAUUAACACAAAAAUAAUUAACACAUAAAUGUUAGUUUUAAACUGGUUGUAAGUGAGAGAAGAAAUGCUCGUGUAAAUUAGUUUAAAAUAGGCGCACGACAACCAAGCAACAAGCAGCGAACAGCAAGCAAAAAAACAUCAAGUUAAGCGGACAACUCCAUCACAUUAUAAUUACGAAAUAAUUAAAACAAUUAACAUUUAAGUUCAAGUCUUGCAACUGAUGAGCAAAGCGAAAGCAAUAAUUUUACUUGAUUAAAAGCCGCAAAAAAAAAACAAAAA